AUGCCACAUUGGCACCGACAUGCUUGGCCUCGCUCGCCUCGGUGCCGUAUCCGUAACCGGGCUAGACUUUUCCAGUGUAGCAAUUACAGCGGCGGCGAGAAGCUCAAGUUCGUCGAGGCUUCGCUGCAACAAGGGCUGACGGUCCUGCCGCGAGAUACGUUUGACCUCGUCUUCAUCAGCAUCAGCUCCUUGUGCUAUGUUGCCAAAAUCAAAGAAUGGGCUCGUAUUGUGUCUGGACUUUUAAAACUGGGUAGGCGGCUGUUUGUCCGCGAGUUUCACCCAGUGCUGUUAUCUUUGGACGAUGGGAAACCAGAUGAGAUGGUGAUUAACUUGCCGUACUUUAAGCGCGAGGAACCUGUUAUUAUGGAUAAGCAGGGAACGUACAUCAACUUGGGGGACUAUAUAUUCACAUCAACCAGGUGCGCAGUGUUUAACCAUGGAAUCGGGGAGGUUGUGCAGGCGCUGCUACAUGAGGGGAUGAGGUUGACGGGGCUGAGGGAACACGAGAGUGCGCUGUUGACAGGCGCGUAA